AAAGACGGAUGUCGAACCCUCUGUUGUGCAAGAAAAGAAGAAGCUGGAUGAGACAGUGAAAUUGCUAGAAAAGUGUAGUGCCAUAUUACCAAAGAUGUUGUCGCCAAAGCUUAAGGAUCCAGAGAGUUUCACUAUACCUUGUUGCAUAGCCAAUAAAAUUUUUGAACUUGUUUUAUUGGAUAUGGGUGCAUCAAUUAAUUUAAUGUCUCUUUCAGUCUGUGAAUUUUUGAAUGUAGGUACUCUCAAAGAGACCUCUGUGGGCAUCCAAUUGACUGAUCGAUCUAUUCGAUAUCCUAAGGAUUGCCAAGGUCAUGGAGAAGAGUUUCCGCUGAUUUUUGGGCGAUCAUUCAUGAAGACUGCUAGGAUGAAAAUUGAUGUAUACGAAGGCACACUAACAAUGACAAACAAUGAAGAAAAAGUUACCUUCAAGCCUAAAACAGCACAAGGUAUGAAAUCAUUGAAGAAUGUACUUACUAUUAGAGAAGAGUUUGUGGAAAAAGGAGGACAUCCAGCUAAGGUUGAGUUUGUGAAUGUACUUAGAGUUGUUCCAUAUGAGAGAGGUAAGCAUACUCCCUCCUUUGAGUCCUUUCCUUUAUCCACUAACAAGUUGUUCCACUCCAUGGUGAAAGUACCCCAGAAUAAAAUAUUCCAACCAGCGAUUUUCGAUAAAAGAGAAAAGGGAUAUUCCAAUCUUCUUGAGGACCCAAUUGCUCAUGCAACUAUGAGGGCUAGAAUUCAUGCUUCAGAUGUUGAUGUAGGUGUGGCUAGAAGAAGGCGAUUGCUACAACCUAAUGAACUUAAAGUUGGCUUCCAAGUUCACUAACUUAGCUAGUUGAAGAGCCACGUCUCGCCUAGACGUUAAAUAAAGCGCUUGGUGAGAGGCAACCCACCUAGGUUAAUUCGUUCCUUUUACUUUAUAUUGUUUUAUAGUUCAUUAUAGAACAACACUUAUCCCACACUGAAUUGAAUUUGAUUAUUUGUGCAUCAAAUGCAGAAA